CAACCAUCAUCACCUUCUUCUCUCUUCUUUCUCUCUCCAAAAACCUUCAUAUCUCUCUCUCUCUCUACAUGCUCCAUUAAUGGCGGUUCUGUUAAACCCAGGUAUUAGUCUCUGGGACACUGUCUUAGAGUUUACAAAAACGGCCCAACUCAAAAAAACUGAUCCUUUGAUAUGGGCAAUUCAUUUAUCAUGUAAUUUGAAUUCAGCUGGUGUUUCCAUCCCUUCCCCUGAACUUGCCCAUCUUCUUGUUUCACACAUCUGUUGGGAAAAUAAUGUCUCAACCGCUUGGAAAUUACUUGAUAAAGCUUUAGCAACGAAGAUCGUUCAUCCCCAUCUCGUCCUUGCUCUUCUCUCUAACAGGGUUGUUCCAUAUCGACAGUUUAAGCCAGCUGCUUAUAGGCUUUUUCUAGAGCUUGUUAAAAGAUAUUGUCUUGUGCUGAAACCUCACAUUGAGGGAUUGAAUAAUGAGAAGGUUAUGAAUUCAAUAGACAGCAUUCUUUGUCUAUCAAAUGUGUUUUGCUUAGAAGUAAAUGAACCUGGAAUUCUAUUGGUUGGAUUUAUCUUCUCGAUUGUUUGUCAAUUGGUUGAUGCAUCAUUGGAUGAUGAGGGAUUGCUUGAACUUGUUCCUGAAAAGAAAUCCCAUUGGCUAAUUCAACCAACUGAAGAAAUGGAAGUUGAUGUAAAGACUGUUGAACAUCAUGAGAAAUUGCAGAAAAGUAAUACUACAAUGGCUAUUGAGUUGAUUGGACAGUUUCUGCAAAGUAAAGUAACUUCCAGGAUUCUUUUCUUGGCUUGCCAAAACAUGUCUAAACACUGGAGUAGUUUUAAACAGAGAAUGGAGUUACUAGCAGAAAAUUCAGCAGCUUUAAGAAAUUCAAAAACGAUGACACCGAAGGCUCUUCUAAAGUUAAUUUCAGGUGCAUCUGAAUCGCUUUCUCGGGAAGGAAAAGCAAAAUCAUUGCAAGAGUUCCAUCAUGUAAUGUCAUCUGGCCGUUUAAUUUCUUCUGCGUACAGUUUCUGUAAUGGAGUUAGUCGUUCUGUACUCUGGCUUCCAAUUGAUUUGUUACUUGAAGAUGCUAUGGACGGUUCACAAGUUGAUACAACAAAUGCAGUUGAAGUUACUAAUGGGUUAAUAAAGGCCCUUCAAGCAAUUAAUGGCACCACUUGGCAUGAAACAUUACUAGGUCUUUGGAUGGCAGCUCUUCGUCUUGUUCAAAGGGAGAAAGAUCCAAUUGAAGGCCCUAUACCUCGACUAGACACCCGCAUGAGCAUGUUGUUAACCAUCACAACACUUGUUGUUGCUGACCUAAUUGAAGAGGAAGAAGGAGAAAUUGGGUCAAAUGAUGAAAUGGAAAUCAAUGGAAGCAUAAACUGUAUAGAGAAACAGGGUUCUGGAAAUCGCCGUCGUGGUCUUAUCUCCAGUUUACAAAGCCUGGCUGAUUACCAAAGUUUGCUGACUCCACCUCCAUAUGUUGUUUCAGCAGCCAAUCAAGCUGCAGCCAAGGCAAUGAUGUUUGUUUCUGGAGUCAAUUUUGGAAGUGCAUAUUUUGACAUGACAGAAAUGCCAACCAACUGCUCUGGGACCAUGCACCAUCUCAUAGUUGAAGCUUGCAUUGCUAGAAAUCUGUUGGACACGUCAGCAUAUUUCUGGCCUGGUUAUGUUAAUGGAUGUAUCAGCCAAUUACCACACAAUUUGCCGAUUCAAGCAUCUGCCUGGUCAUCAUUUAUGAAGGGAGCGCCGCUAACUCCAAUAAUGACAAAUGCUUUGGUCUCAGCUCCAGCUUCAAGCUUAGCAGAGCUUGAGAAAGUCUUUGAAGUUGCAAGCAAGGGAUCAGAUGACGAGAAGAUAGCUGCAGCCACCAUUCUUUGUGGAGCAUCUCUGAUUCAUGGGUGGAACAUACAGGAGCAUACUGUUUAUCUCAUAACCAGACUGCUUUCUCCACCUAUCUCUGAUGAUCAUUCUGGACAUGGAAGUCAUUUGAUCGAUCUAGCUCCAAUGCUGAAUGCCCUCAUAGUGGGAAUAGCGCCUGUUGACUGUGUGCAGAUUUUUUCUCUCCAUGGCCUGAUUCCACUACUUGCAGGGUCGUUGAUGCCGAUCUGUGAGGUACUUGGAUCUUGUGUGCCAAAUGUCUCAUGGACACUUCCAGCUGGAGAAGAACUCUCAGCUUAUGUUGUUUUCUCAAAUGCAUUUGCUCUGCUGUUAAAGCUAUGGCGAUUUAAUCAUCCUCCACUUGAAUAUGGCAUAGGCGAUGUACCUCCAGUAGGCUCUCAACUAACCCCAGAAUACCUUCUGCUAGUACGGAAUUCCUACUUAGCACUUCCCCAAAGUACCCCUAGCAACCAAAACAGAAGGAGACUCUCAGCUGUUGCAAGCUCAUUAUCCCCAAAACCCGUGUUCUUAGAUUCAUUUCCAAAGUUAAAACGUUGGUAUCGACAGCAUCAAGCUUGUAUAGCUUCAACCCUUUCGGGUCCUGUCUAUGGGACACCUGUCCAUCAGAUAGUUGAUGGUCUUCUUAACAUGAUGUUCAAAAAGAUAAAUAGAGCAGGAAGCCAGUCAGUAACCACAGUAACUUCAGGAAGCAGUGGUUCGUCUGGAGCUGGAAGUGAUGAUAGCUCUCUAAGGCCGAAAUUACCUGCUUGGGAUAUACUUGAAGCGGUUCCUUUUGUUGUUGAUGCCGCUUUAACUGCCUGUGCUCAUGGAAAACUGUCUCCUCGUGAAUUUUGCACUGGGUUGAAGGAUCUGGCUGAUUUUCUUCCGGCAUCAUUAAUAACCAUUGUAAGCUACUUCUCGGCUGAAGUAACUCGUGGUGUUUGGAAACCGGUUGUUAUGAAUGGAACAGAUUGGCCAAGUCCUGCAGCCAAUUUGUCUACUGUCGAGGAACAGAUUAAAAGAAUCCUAGCUGCUACUGGUGUUGAUGUCCCAAGUCUUGUUACAGGUGAAAUCUCUCAAGCUACACUUCCGCUACCUUUGGCUGCAUUUCUCAGCCUGACCAUAACCUAUAAACUCGAUAAAGCCUCACAACGUUUUCUUAAUCUGGCUGGUCCAGCCUUGGAGUCCCUAGCUGCAGGUUGUCCAUGGCCAUGCAUGCCAAUUGUGGCUUCUUUAUGGGCUCAAAAAGCCAGACGCUGGAGCGAUUUCCUCGUUUUCUCAGCCUCACGAACAGUAUUCCUUCACAAUAAUGAUGCUGCCAUGCAGCUCCUUAAAAGCUGCUUUACAGUGACACUCGGAUUAAACUCCACACCAAUCUCGAACAACGGUGGUGUUGGAGCCCUUCUUGGUCAUGGGUUUGGUUCCCAUUUUCACGGAGGAAUAUCACCAGUCGCACCUGGAAUACUAUACCUAAGAGUUUAUCGAUCCAUUAGAGACAUAAUGUUCCUCCGAGAAGAAAUAAUAUCUCUUCUGAUGCAAUCUGUUAGCGACAUAGCCUGCAGCGAUCUUCACAAGGAAAAACUAGACAGGAUGAAGAAGGCCAAGCAUGGACUUAGAUACGGGCAUGUUUCGCUUCAGACUGCAUUAGCUGCUGUGAAAGUAGCCGCUUCGCUGGGAGCAUCAUUAAUAUGGUUUUCAGGCGGGCUAGGAUUGGUUCAGUCACUUAUGAAGGAAACACUUCCUUCUUGGUUCAUUUCAGUUCAGAGGUUGGAACAGGACGAAAGCUCUGGUGCAGUUGUGCUCAUGUUAAAAGGCUACGCGCUAGCCUAUUUUGCUGUAGUAUGUGGAGCUUUCGCUUGGGGUGCUGACUCAUCAUCCACGUCAGCAUCGAAACGUCGCUCAAAGAUCCUCGGGCAGCACAUGGAAUUCCUGGCUAGUGUCCUUGAUGGGAAGAUAUCGUUGGGCUGUCAUUGGACGAUUUGGAGAGCUUACAUAUCAGGGUUUUUGAGCUUAAUGGUUCAUUGCAUGCCCGGUUGGGUGUCGGAAUUAAAUGUGGAUGUGUUGAAGAGGCUUAGCAAAGGGCUAAGGUUGUGGGACGAGGACGAACUGGCACUUGCUUUGUUGGGACGAGGCGGGGUUGGUACUAUGAGUGCUGCCGCGGAAAUCAUAGUCGAUAAUGAAAUAUAAACUGUGUUUUUGAAAUUUUGUAGAUUGUUGAUUGUAGUACAAUAAUAUUGAUCAAUAAUUAAUUAUAGAAUGUUGUAGUUGUAACUUGUAAGUAAAUCUUUUGUUUAAUUUGUUUUCAAUUGUAC